AAAUAUGGCGUUGAAUUCGAUUCGAUACGGUUCUGUUGGGGAUUUGUGCUUCUUGUGUAUUUCUAGUGUUUAUUAUAAUAAUUUAAUGUAAAUUAAUCUACAAAUAUAUGUUGUAAAAUAUGUCAGACCUCAAAGUGUGCAGAAUAUGUCUUCGAACGGAAGCAAAGAUGUAUCAUUUCAAUUUGUAUCAACUAAAAUUUUAUUACGAAGAAGUCAUGGCUUUACAGUUGAAUGACCAAGAUGGCCUGCCUCAGUACUUCUGCUACGAGUGUGCCACAAUACUGCACAAGUUCCACAAGUUUAAAGAGAAAUGCUUCAACGGGCAGAAGGUUUUAAGAGAACUCAGUUGGAGAGGAGCGAUCUCUUAUGAAUCAAUUUACAAAGUAGACAGAGAAAAAACAAUGCUCAUAUCACCGGUAACAGUAGCCACCUUCACCGACAGAAUAAAAACAUACAUAACAAAAGACAACACAGAAUCUGACGAAAUCUUCGAACCGGAAAAGAAAGUAGAAAAGAUAGAAAAUAUAGAAUUAGAUUACUUUAGCGAAACAUCUAUGACAGGAGAUCAGGAACCUAUCCUAGAUUUUGACGAAGUAAAGAUAAUUCAAGAUAUCGAAGAUGCGUUUGACGAAGAGAAUAUUAAACUUGAUGAAGAUAAAGAUAUGGAAUCUUUUAGUCCUUCUGCGGUUUACGUGGACGGUGAAAAAGGUAUAAUGAAGAUAAAAUGUGAAGAAAUUAAAGAGAAGAAGACUGCUGGUAGAGAGAGAUGGUACAGUAGGAAUGUAUUGAACAACGGUAAUUGGAAGAAGUUUACGUUAAGCGAGGAAGAAGCUUUGAAGAAUUUUAGAGCGAGAGCACAGGAUAAGAAGUAUUUGAAUGCUGCCUAUAAGUGUACUGAUUGUUUUAAAGGUUUCUCGAAAAAGGAUAUGCUGGAUAGACAUACGCAGUUGAGGCAUAUAAAGGAGCUGGGUCCAUAUGAGUGUCGUUUCUGCCGCAUGCGGUAUAAACUCAACUGUUAUUUAAGCAAACACAUGCGGCAACACUAUACCAAGUAUGAGUGUUUAAGGUGCCAUCUAGUCUGCCCUUUAGAAAAUUCAGCCCUUGUUCACGACGAGUACCACAGUGGAAUUACAAGGAAAUGUGAUUAUUGUGAUGAAGAAUUUAAACACUCGUCAACAUACUACACACACUUACGCACACACAGAAGUGCGCACGUGUGCACGUUGUGCGGCGCCUCGUUCGUCAGCGCUGCCGGCCUGCACCAGCACAAGAGGGUUAAACAUAUCAUUGUAGAUAUGGACAGUCCUGAUGAUGAUGAAGAAGUGAACACCUACUGCCAACGAUGUGACAUCACGUUUGAGACGCGAAAGGCGUACGAGGAACAUUUGUUCCAUUCUGCACUACAUAGAGAGACUGACAGUGACUACAAACAUGAAAAUAAUAAAAAGGUACUAGGAAAGAAGGAACAAGCGAAGAUCACAAAGCGGUUAAAAAAACGGGGUACUGUCGAAGAUUUAUUCAAGGUUGAAAAGAAUAUUAAAAGAAAGAAGAAAUAUAGAAGAGAUCAAAAGAAACCCACCACAUGUCAUCAGUGUGGCAAACACUUCGACACCCAAGCGGCUUGCUGGAAGCAUCACCUGUCGGAACACCCGCGGACUUCGUUCUACGCGCCCAACCAGAGGUACAUCUGUGAGAUCUGCGGCUCCUCGCUAGCUCCGGGCAGUAUAAAAACGCACAAGAACAUGCACACCCGUGAGAAACUACAUACUUGUGAUACUUGCGGCAAACAGUUCUACGCCAUCGUUGGACUACGGCGACAUCUAUUGACGCACACAGGAGAGAAGCCGUACGCGUGUUCGUUAUGCGACAAGCGCUUCACACAGAGCAACAGCAUGAAGCUGCACUACCGCACCUUCCAUCUCAAGGAGCCCUAUCCUAAGAGAAACCGCCGAAAAAACAAAGACGAGCCCAAAACAGCUGAUGCAGAGGAUUCUAACAGCGAUGAGGAAACAGACAGCAGUCUCCCCGACAUGGAGCCCGAGCUGCCCGAGCCGGGAGUCAAACCCGUGCACAACGCGGUGCUCGACAAACCGGAUGAGAAUAUGCACUAUUUGACGCUCACUUAAUUUUGUAGGGUAGGCAGAGUUUUCGGAGUAAAAAUCGGGUUUUUUUGAAUUUGGGUUGGACUGCUAGUCAUUUAGGAGUUUGUAGUAAUAUAGGAAGAAUACGUGAAAUAAAUUGUGUCAAAUGAUGAAUAAGUAAAGAUUCGUUGAUAAAAAUGUGGUUGUCACUUCUACUAUGUACUAAAAAUUUUGAAUUCAAGAAUGAUAUAAUGAACACACAUUUACAUGAUUUAUUAUUGUGAUUUUAUUUAUAGAGCUGUAGUAGUAAAUCCAACUGUAUCUUUUUCUUUCCAUCUCCCAUUUAAAUAUGUAAUUGUGAAACGGGUCAUAUUUUUAUUAAACUUUCAAUAUCUUUUAUCACACUUCCAUUCACGAUAACUCUGCCUACAUUCUGCAUAAAAAAAAAAUUAGUGUUAAUUUAUGUUUAUAUUAUAAAAUAUUCCACAUUUACCAGUCAAUGCCAGUGUGUGAUUAUCUUCGUAUGCGUUGUAGAACGUUUGCUUUAUUUUAUUGUCAUUAAUCUAUUGAUGUGACUAUUACAUUUUAAGAAAUCA